GUAAGUCACCUCACGACUCUGCUCUGCCAACCAAACAGAGUGAACUGAAUCACACAACCACAACAAGCGAGAGAAAGGUGGUCAUUGCAUUUGCAAGUUCCCCCCUGAAAUCCUGCAACAAGUAGAAACUAACCACAGAAAGGAAAAUGGAGAGAAAUCCUGCAAUUUAUAGACCAUUGCUUUAAGUAAGAAUCCCUCUGCAUUUCUUAUUCUCCAAGUAAGCAAUGGCCAGCUCCAAAGGAGCCCUGUUCUUGCUGCUCAUCCUGUGCUCCUUCUUAAUCACCCGCCAGUUCCAGUUCCAUGCUGCUGUAGUUGAUGAUGCUGGGAAAAUAGAUUGCAAGGGCAAGUGCAAGUACAGGUGCAGCAAGGCAUCGAGGCACAAGAUAUGCAUUAGGGCAUGCAACACCUGCUGCCGUCGUUGCAACUGCGUUCCGCCGGGCACCUCCGGCAACUACGACACUUGCCCUUGCUACUACCAAAUGACCACUCACGGCGGCCGUCGCAAAUGCCCUUAGUUAGUUGCCAUUUUCUUUUCCUACUUUGGGAAUUGGGAUCCUUUCAUCCUGAUGCAAACAGCUGAUUUGGGUCUAUGACGACAUAUACUACUGUGCCAUAUAGGCUAUAGCAACGACUGGUCAUUAUAUGUAUGGUGUCCAAUAUAGCUACAUAAAGAUUGUGUCGAUCAAUCUGUAAUGAUGCUAAAACUUUGAAAUUAUAAAAUUCAACAUUUGGUUCUGUUAGAGCAACUAACCACUCUUUAAAGGAAGCAGUGGAAGGACAAAAACAAACUCAAUUACAGACGCAGCAAAGAAGAAUAAUGCAGAUGUUGUACA